AUGAACGAUCUCCCCCCCUCUGCGUACACAACGGACACGCGCAGAAUGCAACUGUACUCGCACACACACAUCCAUCCCACGGAGCUGUCAAUUCAUGCAGUGUCCACACACGAGCUUUUAAAGCCAAAAGAAGAACCUACGUAUUCUCUGGCACCGUCCACUAAUCUAUGUUCAGUGAGCCUACAACAUCCAGGUUCGUCGCCGUACGACAACCGGAUCUGCAUCCAAGAGAACAAUGGAGCCGAUACGUCCAAUUCCCAUAGCGUCAAAGGCGAUGAGGAGCUGUCUCGUGUUUACCAGACUCUUACGAUGCCCGCACUCACCAGGGAUGACACAACUAAUUCCAAUAACAGUAACGAUGCGAAAAGUAAAUCGAAGUCAACAACUCCAGCCAGCCCUGGAAGUUCCUCCGAAAUGAAACCGCAGUCAACGACUCCAACUUCCCAGGCUCUAACCAAGCCACCGUUCUCUUACGUAGCUUUAAUAACAAUGGCUAUAGAAAACAGCCAAUCUAAACGGGCGACGCUUAGUGAGAUAUAUGCGUAUAUAACAAAAGAGUUCCCGUUCUUUGAGAAAAACAAGAAAGGAUGGCAAAAUUCUAUUCGACAUAACUUAAGUUUGAACGAAUGCUUUAUAAAAGUGCCACGGGAAGGUGGCGGAGAGAGAAAAGGAAAUUAUUGGACUCUUGAUCCGCAAUGCGGGGAAAUGUUCGAGGGUGGCAACUAUAGGCGGCGACGAAGGAUGAAGAGGCCUUUCCGUGCUACACCGUACUCGAAAACGUUGUUCGGUGAUGGAUACCACGUGGCACACGUGGCGCAACAUGCGCAUAUGCAGCCGCUUCCGUUGGGAGCUAGGAAUUACUUCGGUUCCAGCUCGCCGUAUCCUCCGUCCUAUCCUCGAUAUGACACUACGUGGCUGACCCAACCAACGGGAGGUUUGGGGUACGCAAGUGCAUGCGGAGGCAUGGGCAGGAGUCCGCCAGGUUGUUCACCGCAUAAUACCCUGCCGCAUCAGUCUUCUCCUGUAUCCGUCAAUCCAUUUGCGACACAUCAGCUGCAGGGUCAGCUUCAGAGCCCUUUACAACCUAUGCAGUCAAUGUCGAUGAAUUCUUAUAACCCAAUAGGCGUUACUCUAGAUGGUUCGCCAAGUCCCGGCCCGGGUUAUGCACCUCCAGGAGGGUUUUCUCCAAAUAGACACCACGACAUUGUCACUUCUUCUGAUGCGGCCGCGUCCAGAUUCUCAUUCUGGCCUGAAGGGGGAUCGCCUAGCCCUAACCCAGCGUACGUCCCCACGACUAGUUUCUCGCCUACGCGGCGACACGAGGCAGUCACGUCUUCGGACACCGCUGGAACACGCUUCCCAUUUUGGCCUGACGUUGGUGUCAAAGAAGAAGCAUCAUCGAGUCUUAUGUCAAACGGGGCACCAUAUUCAAAGUGUUUUAUGUAA